ACAAAGACGAAGUCCGCAAAAGCUGACAGAAACUUCCCCAAGUUACUGUGUUUGAUGGUUUCUUCUGUUGAACGUGUUCUGGACGGAGGAGGAGCGGUUUCCCGCCUCGCAGCUCUCCGUUUAUUUGAGAAGUCCUCAGCGCGCAGUCGCAGCUAACCGGCUAACUUUCUCUAUUUACUCGGAGAACUUCGAGCUGCCCAGUCUAAGCCAGUUUAAAAACUACUUCCUGUCAGGACUGCUGCAAUAAAAGCACAGACUUCAAUCCCAGCCACAGAUCGCAUCUCCAGUUCCGCCGACUUUUACUGUGGUAGAGCAUGGCAAUGACCGGACAGAGCUCGUUUUCCUCCAUGAGCAACCACACCAAGGAGCGGGUCACCAUGGCCAAGGUGACCCUGGAGAACUUCUACAGCAACCUCAUCGCCCAGCACGAGGAGAGGGAGAUGAGGCAGCAGAAGCUAGAGAAGGUGAUGGACCAGGAGGGCCUGGCCGAUGAGGAGAAACGGAUCCGUCGCUCUGAACACGCCAGGAAAGAGACGGAGUUUCUGCGUCUGAAGCGAACUCGGCUGGGCCUGGAAGACUUUGAGUCCCUGAAGGUGAUUGGCCGAGGAGCAUUCGGAGAGGUCCGCCUGGUGCAGAAGAAAGACACGGGUCAUGUUUACGCCAUGAAGAUCCUUCGCAAAGCUGACAUGCUGGAGAAGGAGCAGGUCGGUCACAUCCGUGCUGAGAGGGACAUCCUGGUGGAGGCAGACAGCCUCUGGGUGGUCAAGAUGUUCUACAGCUUCCAGGACAAGAUGAACCUCUACCUCAUCAUGGAGUUCCUUCCAGGAGGGGACAUGAUGACCCUGCUGAUGAAGAAGGACACUCUAACAGAAGAGGCCACUCAGUUCUACAUCGCAGAGACGGUGCUGGCCAUCGACUCCAUCCACACGCUGGGCUUCAUCCACAGAGACAUCAAACCAGACAACCUGCUGCUGGACGCCCGGGGUCACGUGAAGCUGUCGGACUUCGGUCUGUGCACGGGGCUGAAGAAGGCUCACUGCACGGACUUCUACAAGAACCUGAACCACAGCCUGCCCAGCGACUUCAGCAAGCAGACCUUCCAGAACAUGAACUCCAAGAGGAAGGCAGAGACGUGGAAGAGGAACCGGAGACAGCUGGCCUUCUCCACGGUGGGAACUCCAGACUACAUCGCUCCAGAGGUCUUCAUGCAGACUGGCUACAACAAGCUGUGUGACUGGUGGAGUCUGGGCGUCAUCAUGUACGAGAUGCUGAUUGGUUACCCUCCGUUCUGCUCAGAGACGCCUCAGGAGACCUACAGGAAGGUGAUGAACUGGAGGGAGACGCUCACGUUCCCCCCAGAGGUGCCAAUUUCAGAGAAGGCCAAAGACCUCAUCCUCAGGUUCUGCUGUGAGGAGGAGCACCGGAUCGGAGCUGCAAGCGUGUUGGAGAUCAAGUCCAACCCGUUCUUCGAGGGGGUGGACUACGACCACAUCAGAGAACGACCCGCCGCCAUUCCCAUCAACAUCAAAAGCAUCGACGACACCUCCAACUUUGACGAGUUCCCAGAGUCUGACAUCCUCACCCCUACAGCCACUCAGGUGUCCAAUCACAGCGAGGCGGACCUGAAGAACAAGGACUGGGUCUUCAUCAACUACACCUACAAGCGCUUCGAGGGCCUGACGGCGCGGGGCGCCAUUCCGUCCUACAUGAAGUCAGGAAAGAGAUAAGCCCCGCCCACCGCCGCUCCUCUACGUCCCGUCGGCCUUCGCUCUGUGGGUUUUGCCCCCCAGCACCAGCACCCCUACAUUCCCCCUAAAGCAUCAGUUCUGUUGGACCCUUGAGGGGGCGGGCUCCUGCCUCAGCAGAACUUUCCCUGCGGGCCAAAGCGGGUCAGAAGCACCAACCAAAGCCAGAGCUGACUCCGCCCCCUUCAGGAAAACGACUCUUUAGACGUUGACUUUUGCACACCCCCCCCUGACAGUAUGACAGUAGGAUUCCGUCUUCACGGCGACCCAUUCAGCACCUUAAUCGGACUCGCUGGGCUCGGCUUGGUUUUAGGUUUUAAAGCAGCUUUUAUGCCGGAGUUUCUGUUUCUGAGGGUUUGGAACCGUUCACACAAACCUCUGGAACCUGCUUCUCUGGACCGGGUCGACACGCGUCCUGUCUGUGGACUCUGUUCUGUUACUGUGUGCACGGGUCGGGUCCACAGAAACACUUUAUGCGGGAGCAGGACUGAAAGCACAGACUUACGGUGAGCAGUGAACGCACCAUCCAGAAUGCUGUCCUCAGAGCUUUUCUGCCCGGCAACAGCAACCUUCAGUUUGUUUCUGCAAAAGGUUUUAACUUUAAAGAUGAUUUUUAUUUCUAAUUUUAAUGUGUGUGUGCGUGUGUGGGGGGGUGACUUUAUUUAAACCGCUGCUGCAGUGCACGCCUCUGUAAUGUUUCUGCUGUUUGACAAUGAAGAACUCUGCACUUAAA